UUUUUGUUAGUUCACAUUCCUAAAAAGAUAAAACUCUCCGGUUAGCUCGUUAGACUCAAGCUGUGCUGCACUAAUCCGCCGGAUCUCGUGGCUGAGUCCCACUCUCCGACGACAUCCGAAGGGUUCUGAGCUAAAAAGGGAAGAGUCAAUGAAAGAGCACGAGAAGUUGACUCUGGUUCUGUGCCUAAUAUGGACGGCAACCAUCCUUUACGGCGAGAUGUUCUCCUUUUACAUGCCCUUUCUUUUCUCUUGCUCUUGGCCUCACCUUUCUUCAGCAUCUUCUUCCAAUUUCACUACGAACGGACAAAGACAUGCAGCUGAUUAUGUGAAAGUCGCUGUUGUGGCUGAUCCUCAGAUCAUGGAUAAAACCUCCCUUCGAUUGCCACCUAAAUCACUUGCUUUGGAGGUUGUACAAUUCUAUACAGAUUUGUAUAUGCGCAGAGCCUUUUUAUCAUCCAUCCGUCCCUUCAAACCAGACGUGGUCUUGUUUUUGGGUGAUUAUUUUGAUGGAGGUCCUUUUUUAUCAAAUGAAGAAUGGCAGGAAUCGUUAAGCCGACUGAAGCAUAUGUUUGGUCUAUAUUCAGAAGAAAUAUAUUCCAAUAUUAAAGUUUAUCACCUUCCUGGAAACCAUGAUAUUGGUUAUGCAUCUCUUCAGUCUCAAAUGCCGGAGGUGGUUAGAAGGUAUGAAAAAGAAUUUGGGAGCAGAAAUUAUCGAUUCAUGGUUGGGGAAGUGGAGUUCGUAGCUGUUGAUGCUCAAACUCUAGACGCGAAUCAAGAAGGAAGUUUUGCUUCUGCAACUUGGGAUUUUGUUACCAAUGUCUCCUCAGAUCAUCAAUUACAUCCAAGAGUUUUGUUGACCCAUAUUCCAUUAUAUCGGAGGGAUUGGACCGAUUGUGGACUGCAUCGUAGCUCUCCAAUUAUCAAUCAGCGAAUACAACAUCAUGUUUAUGAUAAAGAAGUAACGUAUCAAAACUACAUCACCAAGGAAUCAUCAAACCAAUUGCUAAACUUAAUCAAACCGGUUUUUGUUUUAUCCGGUCAUGAUCAUGAUCAGUGUACAGUGACACAUGAAUCAAAGGGUAGACCUGUAACAGAGCACACUUUAGGGACUAUAAGUUGGCAGCAAGGGAACCUCUAUCCGUCUUUCAUGCUGUUAUCUAUUAGAAACUCUUCACUCCUAGAUACAUUGAAGCCAGAAGAAGCUGUACUUACUCAUCUGUGCUUUCUUCCAAUGCAGACACACAUUUACAUAUGGUAUAUAAUACUAUUUGUUUUGACUGUCCUUUCUCUCGUAUUGUGGCCAACUAGUGGUCUGAGCUUUUGUGCUCGCGUUUAUGAUAUGGGGGAAUGUGUCAGAAAGUCAAUAAGUUUCACCUUUCGUCAUGGGACGAAAGAGAAAAAUGAAGAUGAGAAUUGCGAGUAUGAGAUGAUUUGGAGUGCAGAUGGAUCGAUGCAUCUUGUUAAGAAGGUUUUAACCCAACCUGUCGUUCACACAAAUGAUGGAGGCUCGUUGGAGAGGGGCAAUGCUGUGAUUAGAGCAACUGCUAAAAAGAGUGUUAAUCAGCAGACAGAGGUGUGCUUGAAUAUGGGCACAAAUGCAGAUUCCGAGGUUGAUCCAAAGAAGUUACCACCUAGAGCAAGCAAAUCGAAGGUGAAGAUCGUAAUACAGAGAUUCGUUCGCACAUUCCGAAUGCUUAUUCUUAUUGCCGCGGUGAACAUUCCUCUAUACAUGAUGUUGUUGUUCAAAGAUUGGAUUGAAAAAUGAUGUUCGAAUCGAACAUGAUAUGUUAUGCCAAACUGAGUUCUCUGUACACUUACGCAUAUGAAUGCUAGGUAAUUCAUAUUGUAUAACCUCUGAUAAUCUUUUGUUUUUCUGUAACAUUAUUAACUAAUAGCUAGAAGCAUGUAGUUGGCAAUUUAAAGCGUGA